AUGGCGCUCCCCAGCUGCUCUCGUUGGCGCCUGCGACAAGGUUACUUCCUGUACCUCUUCUACGUCAUCGGUAUCCUCAGCACGUUUUGCAUCGUUGCCAUCUGGUAUGGCGUCAAUUCCGAUCGCGACUACAUCCAUCCCCUCUUGACUCAACUCAUCCCCGCCGGCCACUGCGCGUGCCAAACCUCGACCACCUUCCAAUGCUCCAGCUGUCUCUCCUGCUCGCAGCCCACGGCACUACCUCAACCCCCGUCAUCCCUCUGGGAAUUCCAAGUCGUUCGCGAUGGUAACAACGAAUCCCUGGAUCGCAACCAAUGCCAGGCCGCAUUCCCCGGCCUGUUCGAGGACACCGCCCGCGCCGUGAGAUACUGGCGAUCGCACGGCGCGCUGUCGACCGAGGAGUUGGACCUGAUUCGACUCGAAUGGGGCAUGGCACGGGCCUUCAUCCACCGCGGCGAAUUACAUGUGGUGGCCGCGCGUGCCAAAGCGGAGGAUCAUCGGCGCAAAAUCCUCGCCGUCCUGAGUUCCAUCCAUCGCGCGCUGGUCGCCGACGCCGAUCGUGCCACGCGCCCGGACAUCGAGUUCGUCUUCUCCGUUGAGGACAAGGUUGACGACGUCACCGACUCGGAGAACCCGGUCUGGGUGCUGGCGCGCUCCGCCUCCGAGGAGGCUGUUUGGCUGAUGCCUGACUUCGGCUACUGGGCGUGGGAGAAUAUCCAGAACUCGAUUGGACCGUUUGACCAGGUCGUGGAGCGCGUCAAGCGAGCCGACCUCUCGUGGCCCGAAAAGAAGCGCCAGCUGGUGUGGCGUGGAAAACCCAGUUUUGCCCCCAAGUUGCGUCGCGCCCUGAUGGAGGCGGCGCGGGAUAAGCCGUGGGGCGACGUCAAGCAGGUGGACUGGGACGACCGCACCAACAUCCUGCGUAUGGAAGAUCAUUGCCAAUAUAUGUUCAUAGCGCAUGUAGAAGGUCGCUCAUAUUCCGGUUCUCUCAAAUAUCGCCAAGCCUGCAACUCGGUUAUCGUGGCCCACAAACUGCAAUACAUUCAGCACCACCACUAUCUGCUCGUUCCCGACGGCCCCAACCAAAAUUACGUCGAAGUGGAGCGCGACUUUAGCGACUUGUCCGACAAGAUGAGUCCGCUCUUGAACGACUCCAGCCGGGCCGAACGCAUCGCCGCCAACAGCGUGCGCACCUUUCGCGACCGAUAUUUGACCAAGGCCGCCGAGGCCUGCUACUGGCGCAGCCUCUUCGACGGGUACUCCAGCGUCUGGAACAGCACCGUGCCCGUGUGGUCGGGGAUCUACCAACGCGAACGGGGGCUACGAUACGAGUCGUUCAUUCUGCUGGAUAGCCACAUGAUGUUCGAAUUUAAAGCCACGGGUGGUCACACACCUUGA